UGGUGCUAUUCGAGGACGUAGGACUCCAUUAGCAAUCUAUUCUAGACCAUAUAUGUGGAACGUACACAAAUAGUGUAAAGUUUCCUUCUUGCUUGGUUGUUCUCGGGAACUUUAUUUUUAAAAACUGUCCAUUGAUGAGCAACUUGCAGUGUAUAAUAAGAUGCUUAGACAGUGACUUAAACCAGUGAACCAAAUUUAGCCGAGUUGCUACCUGACGAGCGUAGCUGUCUUAAAUUGGCAGCAGUUCAAUAUCUGGCCUUAACAGUCCUUAAAAAGGUGCGGUAAGAUUGUUCUCGACGUUGUUCUAGAAGGUACCUUAAAGUACACAGCGCGUUUGUGUUGUCAACAGCCCUGCUCAAUGUCACAAGGAAAAGGGGACGUUUAACCCAGGAAUACGCCAGAGUGACGGGUGGUUCAUUGGCGGGUGAAUUUCUUAAGCCUCUGUAGGUUCUGUUUUUAACUGACGGCGUGAGGAGGGGAGAUGCAUUAUGUGUUGCUCCAGACAGCCACACGGCAGCUGGCCCUCACUCGCUCCGGACCUCUGGGCCUGAAGCUCUGUAAAGCGUCCGUAUGUGCUCCGCUUUCACAUGCUCACCCUUUCACGCCUCGCCCGUUCAGCACGUCCUACGCCGCCCGGGCAACCGAGACGUCCCACAACUUGUCCCCAAAGCCAGAAACUCAGGACAAGGUACCAGAUGGUCAGGUUGGCACUGACUCGAAGCACAAAACUGAGGAGGGGGCCGCAACACAGGCCUCUGCUGAGGUUGACCCCCUGCAGGACAAAUCCAUUGGUCUCUACCAGAGAUUCAAGAAAACGUUUAAGCAGUACGGGAAAGUCAUGAUACCGGUUCACCUCGUGACGUCUACAGUGUGGUUUGGAACGUUUUAUUACGCUGCUAUGAAAGGUGUAAAUGUCGUCCCCUUUCUGGAGUACGUCGGUUUACCUGAAAGAUUCGUGAGUGGUCUGCGGGACUCACAAAGUGCUUAUGCACUCACAGCAUACGCUAUGUACAAGAUUGCCACACCUCUCAGGUACACUGCGACUUUGGGCGGGACGUCUGUCUCGGUGCAGUAUCUCCGCAAACACGGAUACUUUUCCACCCCUCCGCCCGUCACAGAAUACCUCCAUGACAAGAUGGAGGAAACCAGGGAACGGCUGUCGGAAAAAAUGGAGGAGACGAAAGAGAGAUUCUCAGAAAAAAUGGAGGAGACCAAAGAAAGAUUUUCAGAAAAAAUGGAAGAAACCAAAGGACUGUUGGAAGGAACGAAAGAACGGUUGGCUGAGAAGAUGGAGGAGACCAGGGACAAGUUCUCAGAGAAACUGCAUGACACAAAGGAAAAAGUGGCUUUUCGUAAGAAAUCCGAUUAACUCAAAUGUGGCAUGUUUGCCGUUGGUAUCGAGUGACUGAUUUGGGUCUUUGUGCACGUUGAGCAAAGGCCUACACGUACGAUUGAAGGUUUACAUGUAUCAUAAAUUCAAGCUCUGUUGGUUAAAUUACAUCAUAUAAAAAAGUAAAAAAAAUGGAAACAUUGUCAGAAAUCAGUGGGAGGUAUACACAAUUGUACUUGUGUAAUCUAAAGUGUGAUUGUAUUUUUUUCCCUAGAACAUGCAGCUCUGUUUUUAUAACAAACUUGAAAUAGUUUUGUCAGAAAUGAUCAAAAUUACAACUGUGUGUAUGUUUCUUUUUUUUUUUUUGGGACAUUCAGUUUAAAUUAAGAAUGAUGUUUAUUUUUACAUGAGAGCAGAAGUUAAUAUAUUGAAUUAAAGGUAUAUUUUAGCAUGUCUUUGAUGUAUGUGGAGGUCUAAAUUAAGGUUUACCCAAACUACCACUAUCGGUUUUGAUUUCAGUGCCGUGAGCAUAGUCCAGAUGACAGAUCCAAAAAUCUGUUUCGCUUUGUAGACAUUAAAAUUUCAUCUCCAUCACCUUCUGUCAGAUAUUCAUCCUGUUUGCACUCUUUCAAUGGUUGUGAUUGUUGAAAUUGUUGGUCCAAAUAAA